CAGGAUCCCCUCUGUCCAGAAGAGCCACCUGCUCGGCCUGUCCCUCACUUGCUGCUGGGACCAUGGGGGCUGGGGCUAGUGCCGAGGAGAAGCAUUCCAGGGAGCUGGAGAAGAAGCUGAAAGAGGAUGCUGAGAAGGACGCUCGGACAGUGAAACUGCUGCUUCUGGGUGCUGGUGAGUCCGGGAAGAGCACCAUCGUCAAGCAGAUGAAGAUUAUCCACCAGGACGGGUACUCCCUGGAGGAGUGCCUGGAGUUCAUCGCCAUCAUCUACGGCAACACGCUGCAGUCCAUCCUGGCCAUCGUGCGCGCCAUGACCACGCUCAACAUCCAGUACGGAGACUCAGCGCGCCAGGACGACGCCCGGAAGCUGAUGCACAUGGCAGACACCAUCGAGGAGGGCACGAUGCCCAAGGAGAUGUCAGACAUCAUCCAGCGGCUGUGGAAGGACUCGGGCAUCCAGGCCUGCUUCGAUCGCGCCUCUGAGUACCAGCUCAACGACUCGGCGGGCUACUACCUCUCGGACCUGGAGCGCCUGGUGACCCCGGGUUACGUGCCCACCGAGCAGGACGUGCUGCGCUCGCGGGUCAAGACCACCGGGAUCAUCGAGACGCAGUUCUCCUUCAAGGACCUCAACUUCCGGAUGUUCGACGUGGGCGGGCAGCGCUCGGAGCGCAAGAAGUGGAUCCACUGUUUCGAGGGCGUGACCUGCAUCAUCUUCAUCGCUGCGCUGAGCGCCUACGACAUGGUGCUUGUGGAGGACGACGAAGUGAACCGCAUGCACGAGAGCCUGCACCUGUUCAACAGCAUCUGUAACCACCGCUACUUCGCCACCACGUCCAUCGUGCUCUUCCUCAACAAGAAGGAUGUCUUCUCGGAGAAGAUCAAGAAGGCGCACCUCAGCAUCUGCUUCCCAGACUACGACGGGCCCAACACGUACGAGGACGCGGGCAACUACAUCAAGGUGCAGUUCCUGGAGCUCAACAUGCGGCGCGACGUGAAGGAGAUCUACUCCCACAUGACGUGCGCCACGGACACGCAGAACGUCAAGUUUGUCUUCGACGCUGUCACCGACAUCAUCAUCAAAGAGAACCUCAAAGACUGCGGCCUCUUCUGAGGUGCCUGAACGCCUGCGUGUCCCUUGCCCUGAGACGCUGUACCCCUAGCUGCCUCAUAGCCCCAGGCCCCAGCCACUAUCAACCCUCCAGGACCCCUGGGCCCACACCUGCCGCCCCUCUAAACGCAGUCCCAAACGUCUGAGCCCUGAGCCUCUCGGCACAGACCCUCCCACUUGUCCUCUGGCCCAGCAGUGCCCGUCACUGCUGGCUACUCUGGCCUCUUCGACCCAUAGUAGUCAGCCCCAGCGAGGACACAGCAGGACUCAAGGCCACGGGAGCUCACAGUGACUCAGCAGUGGCCAUCUGACCAAUCUCCUGCAGUCCUCUUGCCCCUGGAGCCCGACUCACCUGGUAGGUCUGGGUUCACCAAGUAGCCCUCCCUCCCCCAGCUGCAGAGAGGGUUUGCAGUGUCUGUCCCUCCCCCACUCUGCCCGGUCCAGCCCUGCCACCUCCAUGUGACAAGUCUGACAUUUGCCUACCCAUGGCCAGCAACUGUCCCUCCCCAUAGCUUCGAGGGUCCAAAGUCCAAGCUAGCUCUGGUUUGUGCAGCCCCCACACAGAUAAAUUAGUGACUGGGGAGGUGGAUCUGGGAACCCCUAGACGUUAGGGGAGACACAAGCUGGACCCUCCCUCUGAAUACCAGUCUCGGAUGCCCCUCUUCGCCCUCCAGAUCUUGCCCCUCGGUCCUUGGAUCCCAGUCUGUGCCCCUCCUCACCCACCCGCACACAGUACUCUGGGACGACUGGCCAAGUGGAUGGUGUGUUGAGGGAGGGUACUAUUGACGUCAGCUGUGCCCAAUAGUCAAGCUGCCCUGAGGGGUGGCUGGGGCAGAGUCCAGCUCCUAUUGAUCAGCCCCAGGCAGAAGGUGUAGAGUAGGCUGGAGCCCAGGCUGUUCCCAAAGGAAUCUACCUCCUGUGGGUUACAGGCAAACGCAAGAGACUCUUCUUGUCCCUGCCAGGAGUUUCACCCUCUCCAUUCAGGGCCCGUUCCUUAGUGAGGGCCAAGCUUGAGCUGUCAGGGACAGGGGUUUACGUCUGCUCCCUGCUUCCUCAUCAAGCACUGGGUCUUUGCUGCUUAUGCCCAUGGGCCGGGGCUGUGCGGCAGCUGGGGGCAAGGAACUUCCAUCUGGCAAAGCACAAGCCACACUUCCCGUAGGUCCACAGAUUCAGCAAUAAACCUUUGC